UUUACAAUGGUUACGAAAAUAAACAGCCAAUUUUGCAUGUUUUAAAUAAUCUAGCACCCUUAAUACAAUCAUCUACGUAAUAAAUAUUAGUUGAAAGUCUAAUAAUUGUUUCUUUUGUUUCAAAAAAUGUCUCUUGAUUGCGUCGGCACGUGGCAUUUACGUCCUACCCCAGCAUUUUGUGAAGGCCGGGGUGAUUUAAAGAAAACAUGGACUGGACCUGUCAGUACUGAACUAUAUGGUAAAGGAUUAACAGAUUUGUGUGACAAAACCCAUAACAAUCUGCACAGACUGUCACAGCAGAUGCAAAAGCUUGAUCCAUGCUUGGAAUAUGGAGUAAAACAUUGGCACCCUACAUCUCGGCCACAGUCAGCUGUUUCAAAACCUGAGUCGAUGAGAAAGCAUGAUCGAUGCCGCAGUGUUGAUGUUAUGUUUACUGACAAUAAGACUGCAGUCACAUUGGGUGACCCUGCCACAGAUGAACAGAGGGACACAUAUAUCGAUCCUCCAGUGAAAAACACCUUCUGCUACCUCUGUACUACUCUUGAGGAGCAUAAAAGGCACAUGCUUUUGCACAAGCCAAAGAAGAAAUACACUGGUCGUACGAAGAUAGAGUACAUCGCCCCAAGACCGAAGCAGAAACGAGUGGUGGAAGAAGAUGACAAGGUCUUGCUGAAGGAGAGACUUUACAAGAUUGAGGUGUUCACAUCGGACAAGUGCAAUGCUGGAACUAGUGCCAAGGUUUUUGUUGCAAUCAAAGGAACCUUAAAUGUUUUGCCUAAAACUCAAUUGAAGAAAAAUCAGGGAUCUUCAAAUUUCUGUUUCGUUAGAGCAUCCAAAGAGGUCUUUCAUAUCAAAGGACCAUUCCUAGGAAAUCUACAGAUUCUCUCCAUUGAGCAUGACGGUACACGCAAGAGUGAGGCCUGGCACUUGGAGAAGGUGCUCAUCACGGAUGUGAAAGCCAUGAAGACAUGGAUAUUCCACUGUGGGGAGUGGCUCUCACUGUUUGAGAAACCCCACUACAGCAACAGGGUGGACCUGGAUGCUCAGGAACUAGAACAUCCACCUACAGAAUACGCAAUAGAAGUGUAUACUGCAAACAAAAAGAUGGCAGGGACUGACUCCAGCAUUUUCAUCACACUGUUCGGCCAGUAUGGGACCAGCAAAAAAAUUCUUCUGAAAGAUACAACAUCAGACAAAAAACUGUUUGAAAAGGGCAGCAUCGAUAAAUUUGCUUUCCGUAUGAAUGGGAUUGGGGAACUUAAGAAGAUCAAAAUAGAGCAUGAUGGGAAAGGAUUUGCUGCGGGAUGGUAUCUGGAUAAGAUAAUAAUCCGUGACAGUGAGAGGCCAAAAGACACUUACUACUUCAUGUACGGAGGUUGGAUUGCUGAGGAUGAGGGUGAUGGCAGACUAUGGCGGGAAAUACCUGCCAAGAAAAAACUACCCAAGGAAUUACACUCAGGAAGGAAAGCAAGAAAACAACAAAGGCAUGAAAACACACCUGAACAUUCUCACAAAGCUGAGAAAGGUACAGACACAAAAUACGUAAUCUCUGCAAAGACCGGGGACAUACGGUAUGCUGGGACAGAUGCGAACGUCUUCAUUCAGAUGGUCGGAGAGAAGGGAAAGACCAAACAACUCCCCAUUGACAACCCCAAAAACAAUUUUGAGAGAAAUAUGACAGAUAUUUUUGAGGUUAAUGCAGUGAAUGUUGGAAAACUACAGCACAUAAUUAUUGGCCAUGACAACGCAAACCCUGGUGCUGGCUGGUUCUUAGAAAAGGUUACAAUCAGACGGUACAUUCCAAAAGAUGAAGUGAAGGAGAGACUGAAGAAAAUGAGGAAGAAGGAACGAAAUGAGCAGAAAAACAAACAAGCAAGAAAGGCACGAGGUCGGGGAGACUUAGACGGUGAGGAUGAUGACGUGUCUAGCAGUGAUGAGGAAAGUUAUGAAAAAGGGAAAAGGAGACAAUCUGUAAGACAUGAUGAUGAGCAUAAGUAUAAACCAGAUAAGAUUGAUUCUAAAAAACGCAAAGACAUGAAACAUAAAACAGACCCUGAUAAAAAGGAUAAGAAAAGUAAGAACGAUAAGAAAAAAGACUUAUUUUCUGUCCAAAGCUCCAGUUCCGAGAACUCCUCUGAGUCAGAUUCGGAAUCUGACAGAGACUUAAAAACCUCUAAACGCCCUGGAUCUGCUCUCAGGAGACCCGGAUCAGCAGCAAGCAGCUUUCGACCUAGAUCAGCUAUGCGUAGACAACAAUCGACAAUCAAUGAACUAGAAGAAAGUGAUAAGAAUGAUAAAAAGAAAAGCAAGUCUCGCAGAGCAAGCUCAGCAAGCAGCGAACGAGAUAGAAGAGACUCGACCUCUAGCAGGAGAUUAAGCACAAGUGCUUCAGGUCUACGACAAGCAGAGGAGGACAGAAGAAGAGGUCGCAAAGGUCAUGAAAAUGAUGAUCAGGAAGAUGCAAGGAUUCCGCUGUACGAGGAAUGUGUGUUUAUGUGCAACCGCUGGUUGGCGCAGGAUGAGGAUGAUGGAUUGUUUGUUAGGGAACUUAAAGUGUCCUCUUCCGAAACAUACUACAAAGACAAUUAAGUAUUAGUCUGAGACGAAUAGCUAACAAUCAAACUAGAUUUCAAACCAGCUCCUGUAAAUUGAUUCAAUUCAGAUCUAAUGGUUAUAUCAAAUGAUUCAACAGCUAUUGUGAUUUAAUCCAGCAAGAUUUUGUAGUGAAAAACAAAAUUUUAAACACAACAUUCACACACCAAACCCUCUAUUUAGUGACCGUCCAAUUCCAAGAUUGUAUUUCAUUUUUUUCGUCAUACACAUUAAUUUUCAUUUUGUAUAAUACACAAACGUAAGCUAGUCAAUCAUUAGAUUACAAUAUACUCAAGAGAUAGUAUUUUUGUAAUAUACUCAGUAGCACAGUUGACUCUAAGCUAGAUACUCAAGCAACUAAGCACAUUUAAAGUCUUUUGAACCAUUUCUUAGGUGUCUUUUUAAAUAUAUUUCAUCACGUAGAAUCAAAAGUGAUCAGUCCUCUUUCUCUUCCAGAUUUCUUUUUUCAAGGACUUUAUAUUUAUUUUUCAUAUUUGAAAUAUUGGAUACUAGUACAAUGUUGAAGAUAUGGUAGAUUUGUGUUGUAUUGUUUGUUGAGUUUUAGUAGUUUUAGUUGGUCCAAUUAAACUGUUAAGUAAAAAGUAAUAUUUUUGCAGUUAACUGAGCUCUGUCAUAUUCUAUAUAAUUUUCUAUACUCUCAAAAUGAACAUUUUUUUAUGGUCUGAGUGAUUAGUUUAUGCUCUGUUUACUUUAAGGGUGUAAUGAAAAAUCAGAAAAUGUAGUCAAACAAAAACUAUAUUAAAUUGUUGCCCUAAACUAUGGUUUGUUUGAAGAAUAAUUAAUUUAUUAAAACUGUUAAUGGGACAUAGAAUAUAUCAGUUGACAAAUAACUAUAUAUUACGGUAUGUUUUAAAAAUGCUCAUACAAUCGUUCAAAUGAUACUUGCACUUCACUGUAGAUUGCAGUUUCAUAUAGUCUAUGUUGUUACCUGUGUAGUUUUAUAUUGCCGAAGUCGGCACAUGUGAAGUUUUAUUUUGCCUAUGCAGUUUUAUAUUGCCUUAGACGACAAAAGAGCAGAUUUAUAUUGAAAAUGUUGAUACAUGUGAAGUUAAUUGUACUCAAUCUACUCAUGAAGGUGUGACAUACUUCAUGCACAUAAUAUCUUCAUGCUUACUGGUACUUGAUAUGUCUAAAUGUUUAUGGAGAUCAAUAUAAUCAUAAAUUGCUAGACAUACCUUUCCUUACAUCAUUGUUUAGAUUUUAUGAGACAAAUGUAAAAUUGUUGUUGUUAUAGUUACAAUUUGUUAUAUCGGUAGUAAAAUGAA